GAUUGUGUCAGUUCAGUUCAAGUAUAAAAAUGCUUGUUAUUUGAAUACAGUGUUUAAUUUCCGUACUUUACGAUUAUUCAGACAACAUACUGCUCGUUUAUUCAAAGAAAGCCUUAUAUUUAACGGUAUAUUAAAUUAUAAACAUGUUAAAAGCUGUGAUAUUAAUUGGAGGACCGCAAAAAGGUACACGGUUUCGUCCCUUAUCUUUGGAUACACCAAAACCGCUAUUCCCUAUAGCUGGUCUCCCAUUAAUACAACAUCAUAUAGCAGCGUGUGUUAAACUAGAAGAAUGCAAGGAGAUACUAAUCAUUGGUUCCUACACAACAACACAUAUGACACAAUUUGUGACUGAUAUGCAGAAAGAAUAUCAUGUUAUUAUUAGAUAUUUACAAGAAUUCACCGCAUUAGGUACUGGUGGUGGUCUUUAUCACUUCAGAGACCAAGUACGAGCAGGUAACCCGAGUGCCUUCUUCUUGCUCAAUGGUGAUGUGUGUGCCGACUUUCCUUUGAAGGAAUUAUGGACCUUUCAUGAUGAGAGACCUAAUGCUUUGGUAACAAUAAUGGGUACGGAAGCGACCCGUCAACAAUCCAUUCACUAUGGUUGUAUGGUUAGCGAGGCAUCAACAAAAGCGGUCACACAUUACGUAGAGAAACCCAAUUCAUAUGUAUCAACAUUGAUUAACUGCGGUGUGUAUGUCUGUUCGUUGCAAGUCUUCCAUACAAUGGCUGAAGCAUUCCAGAAGAAACAAGAUGGAUAUUACAAUGCGAGUGGACAAAAUGGUUCUCACCCGGGAUAUAUGUCAUGGGAACAAGAUGUCUUGGCACCUCUCGCGGGGACUAACAAACUAUUUGCUAUGCAGGUAAAUAACUGGUGGUCACAAGUGAAGACGGCAGGCUCAACAAUAUAUGCUAACAGACAUUAUCUGGAAUUAAACAGACAAAAGCAGAUAGAUCCUCCCUGUCAGAUAUUGCCGGACGUCUUCCUGCAUCCUACUGCUGUGAUUGAUAGCACCGCUGUGAUUGGUCCAAAUGUAUCAAUAGGUGCGGGUGUUAUUGUGAAGGCUGGAGUUAGGAUCAAAGAAUCUAUAAUUCUUAAUAACGCGACUAUAAAUGAACAUGCGCUAGUUAUGUAUUCUAUUAUUGGUCAAGAUGUAUCAGUAGGUGAAUGGUCUCGGGUUGAAGGGACACCCUCAGAUCCGGAUCCUGACAAGCCCUUCGCCAAGAUGGACAACCAGCCCUUGUUCAAUACAGAUGGACGUCUCAAUCCUUCCAUUACUAUAUUAGGUGCGGGCGUUGUAGUUCCCGGUGAGACUAUACUACUUAACUCUAUAGUACUGCCGCACAAACUGCUCACCAGAAGUUUCAAACAUGAAAUUAUUUUAUAAUCAUUAUUGUAUACAAAAUAGUGACCUAAAAUAGCGACGUGAUAGUUAACUUGACAGGCAAAUUCGUAGCAUUGAAUGUGUUAAGUGACUAGUAUAUCAAAAAGACGUGAGAAAAGGAUAAAGCUUAUCCUAUCCCUUUCUAAGAGUACACUCUAUCCCUUUUUAGGGAUAUUUUACAUCCUUUUCUAAGAGUGGAUAUGAAAACGAUUUUUAAUUUCCUAAUUUAUAUUAAUAUGUAUUUACUGUAUAAUAUUUAUAUUAAAUUUUGUAAGCACAUUUUUUUUAUAUUAUAAGAUGCCAAACGAGCAUGUGGCUACCAGAAUUCUUUUCCAUUAAUACGUUGAUAUAUUUAUGUACUAUCUGUGACCCGCGACUUCGUCCGCGCGGAAUUAAAAAAAAAACUUAAUUAGUAGCCUGUA